GGCGGAAGCUUGACCCGGCUUCCGGCGGAAGCGCCGUCGCUGGCAGGUCGAGCCCGUGCUCAGCUCGUUUCCGCCUGGCGGCCGCCCGCACCACUGGGCCCGCGCCGCCACCGCCGCUGCCGGCCGGGGAAGCCGCCGCGCCGCCGAUUUGGGCGCUCCGCUGCCCUCCGCGCGGGUCUUAAGGCGGCGGCGCCGGCGCCCUGAAGGAUGUGGCGGAGGCGGCGGUGUCAGGCACCGCGGCCGAGGCAGCCCUGAGCGCGGGGCAGCGCUUCCCCGCUCCGCUCCGCUCCGCGGCCCCGCCCGCCCGCGCAGCGGCUGCGCCGCCCCUCCGCGGCCCGGGCCCCGCCCGCCGCGGCGCGCGCUGGAGCCCCGCGCGGCGGCCGAGGGGGAGCCCGUGAGCGCGGGAGCGCAGCGCCCCUGGGGCGGCGAGCGGCAGGCGGCAUGGCCUCGUCCUCGGGCAACGACGACGACCUCACCAUCCCCCGGGCCGCCAUCAACAAGAUGAUCAAGGAGACGCUCCCCAACGUGCGCGUGGCCAACGACGCCCGGGAGCUGGUGGUGAACUGCUGCACCGAGUUCAUCCACCUCAUCUCCUCCGAGGCCAACGAGAUCUGCAACAAGUCGGAGAAGAAGACCAUCUCCCCCGAGCACGUCAUUCAAGCACUAGAAAGUUUGGGUUUUGGCUCCUAUAUCACUGAAGUAAAAGAAGUCUUACAAGAAUGCAAAACAGUAGCACUAAAGAGAAGAAAGGCCAGUUCGCGCUUGGAAAAUCUUGGCAUUCCAGAAGAAGAGCUUCUAAGGCAGCAACAGGAAUUAUUUGCGAAAGCUAGACAGCAGCAAGCAGAACUGGCACAGCAGGAAUGGCUACAGAUGCAACAAGCAGCUCAACAAGCACAGCUUGCUGCUGCCUCAGCCAGUGCAUCCAAUCAGGCAGGAUCCUCUCAGGAUGAAGAUGAUGAAGAUGAUAUCUGAAAUUCACCAGCUGAGUUUCUGUCUUCACUAAGAAAUGUUUUUCCUGCACAAUGAAAACAGUGAAAUGAAUGCUUACCUGUAAUUUUGUACGCAUCAUGGACUGGCAAUUGGUAUUCUAGGGGUGUCUGCUGUUGUGUGCUGUACAUGUAUAAACUGUCUUUUUUUGAACUCUUGAAGAUUUAAGGUUCAGUAUCAUAUCAACUUUGGAUUUUUAAUGGUGUAUAUGGAAAUUUUAGAUAGCAGUGCGUCAUUUAUUUGAUCAAUAAACAGUGUUACAAUAAACGAGUUUAUAAAAUAUAGUGAGAUUUAUACAAAAAGCUCUAAAUCCACAUUUGCAUUUCUUCCCUUUUAACUAAACUAUAAAAUCUUAGAAUUUUUAAUUGUUUUCUGGGGGAGUGGUACAGUAGACAUAAUCUGUUACUGGGAAAAAGGCGGAGUUCAGUAUAGUAGAGUCUGAAUUCUUAGUUCUUUUUAAAAUGAGGAUGUAAAUGGCAAUAAAUAUUAUAUAUGCUCAAAUACCACACUUGUUACAAAUUUGAAAAUGAUACAUUUUCACCAAGCUAGGAAAAGGUAUGUUUAAUAGGAGUUGUACAAAUUCAGUCAUUUUUUGUAUAGGGGUGAAAAAGUAAACCCGUGGUUUUAUUAUGAACAUCCAUUGAAAGUCCUAACUAACUGAAUAUUUCAUUUCAAAGACUGCCCGGUUUGGAGGACUAAUUAUUCUUAUUAUUUCACUCCAAUUUAAUGUUAACUGUUGUUGAUGGUAUUUCUUGCGUAGUCCAGAUAUAUUCAUAUUGUUGAAAUGUAAAGCUGGAACUUGAUGAAACAGAAUUGUUUUAGUUCCGCUGAUGUUACUGGGAAUGCUUAAGUGUUCAAGCCUACAAAGGCAAAAGCUGAAGCUAAGAGCAUGCUUACAGUAAAAGAGGGAUUUUAUUUAACCUUGAUUAGUCAUUGUUGUCAGCAUAAUGCUAACAUUUUCCAGACUAGGUUGCCACUGGAUUACUAAGGUACCUUGUUGAAAGAUAGCAUUUUCUUCAUUCAAAUUGGUUUAUAGGUAAGUCCAGGUUUUUGAUAAACUAUUCCCCAAGAGUGAUCAGCAAUACAUGGAACGGAAAUGAUGUAGUAGUCCUUUUGAUAGUUGAUUUGAAAAUUCUGUUGAUUAAUGGAUGAGCAGCUGUUCUUUGUGUUGAAAUAAAGCACAGUAGUGUCCAUUACUGAGUUUUAAUGUGUUACUUGAAGUAAUAUUGGCAUAUCUUCUGGUACACUAAUCUGAGCAGAAUAGAAAAGCCACUUGCAUACUGCUGUAGAUGAUCCAAUAGCUGUAUAUCAAUGUGGGUUGUUUUUUUAACUUAGGUCCUCAGCAAGUUGCUCUAGUCGGAAUACUUGAGGAGGGCUGCAGCAGUCUGUUUACAUAAUGAUGCAAGCAGAAAGUGAUGUGCCCAUUUUUAGGUAAAGAUCUGAACAAGGUACAAUUGGCAUAUUUUCAGAUCUCAGUCACAUAGUGACUUUUGAUUUAAAUUUGAGAUACAUUAAGUUACAUAUUGAGUAAAUGUGAACGCUUCCUUAAAUGCAUUCAUGCAGUGAAAACUCAGAAGAAAGAUUUGUUUAAGUGUUUAAGUUUAAAAAAAAAUAAUAAUAAUCAUGGAUACUACAUGAAAUAUGUUAGGCAAGAUUUGACUAAGGAAGUGGUUUUCUGUAAAGGUUUAAGUACCAAAGGUAGAAAAUCUAGUCUAGUGAUACAAUGUUAAUGUGCAGUGUUGGCUUUUCUAAUUUGUACUGUAACACCUUCACACUUUCUAUUUUAAUUGAGUCUUUUCCUUUUAAAUAAACAAUAUUAGAUAUACUUUCACGCCUUUUUUUUUUUCUGAUGCAGAAUUCAGGUUAACAUUUUACUGCAUCUGGUAUGUAUGGUGUAAUAUGUUUGGAUCCUUGUGACCUUUCUUUUGGACAUUCUUGUGCUUUUUUCAUAUGCUGUAUUCUUCAAGCAAUAAACUUCUGAUGUGUUUUUAUAAAAUUGCUUUUAUAUUUAA